GAGCGAAAUCUGAAAAUAAUUUUGUGAAAAAGUAUCCUGUUAAAGCUCUUGAGGAAGGUGAAGAGGAUCUGGAGGAGAAAGAAUAUAUGGGUGGUCUAAUUAAGAUCAAAAUUAGUGCAGAAGAUGAUUUUACUUCUAGCUUUCUUAAACUGCCAGGUUGUGAACCGAUUGAUAUUUGCGUGUUCCUCAAAAAACGUUUUUCUCAUUCUGAAGUCGAAAAGAAAGGCUCACUUAAAUUCUUCCUACAAAAAUUCGGUCUUGACAGUAAGACUGAUAUGCCAUACGAUAAAAUGUGGAAAAUCUAUUCAGAGAUGAAAAAAAGCACCUCUUCAUCAACUAUGAAAAUAAUUAGUACAAGGGUUUCUGAAGACAUAGAAAAAGAAAAAUAUCCUGGUGCCAUUAUCAUGGCCUAUAACCUCUCCCCAGAAAAAUCAUAUUUGAUUGAGAAAAGUCUAAUAAUAUCUGUAAAAAUAGGAACAAGCUUUAUACGAUUGAGUUUAAAUUCAAUAAGUGUGACAUUCAAGUUUGAUACGCUGAAGCUUAAAGCACGUCUGGUCCCACUAGGAAAGAAAAGGCAACAUCUUAAGAAGAUAAUAAGUUCAGCUAAAGAAAGUGGCAAAAGGAUUCCAGAAAGCUUAAAUUUAGAAUACUCAUUCAUAUGCUUUGAUUAUAAUA